UGUCACCAAGAAUGAAGUUAUUUAUAGAUCGAAACUAUAUUUGAACCAGCGCUAAAUUUGAUUACUAAUUUGAUUGAACUGGAAAAAAAAUGCCAAGAAAAAAGGCAAAGGCAUCAACACGUGCCAAACCAGUGUUACCAGAUGGAAAUGAAGGGGAUACAUUAUCUGAACAAGAGAAGCAAGACAAACUAGAUGCAUUUCUAGAAGAUCUUGAUAGUAAAGUAAUUGAAAAGAAGUCAAAAUUGGAAAAACUCAUCCAUAAUGUGUUGAACCACAUAGAGGCAUGCUAUACACAGGAAAUAAAGAGAUUACCUUUGACCAUAAGACACAUGAAACUGAGUGAUUUCAUAGCAUUAGGAGGAACAGUAGAUGCAGUAUUGGCUAAUCCAGAUAUAUGUGAGGCUGACGAUGAUUUUGAUCCAGCACAAAUGCAGCGUGUUUCUACAGUCAAAAAAGCAUGUGCAAAAUCAAGACUGAAUUCAAUAAGAAUGUAUGAUACUAUAUCAGAGGAAGGCUCAGCAGACACUAGUAUGAUGGCAUCAACAAAGAAAAAGACUGGAGUAAAGAAGGCAAGGAAAGGAAAGAACAGUAGCAUUUUAGCCAACAUAUCUAAUACCAUGCCUCCACCAGUUAUGCCCCCUCCUCCAUCAUCUGCUUAUAGAAAUGGGUAUUUUACACCUGUGAAUAGAGGUUUAGCCGCUGCAGGAUGGGACACACCUAUGAUCACCCCAAAAUUUGACCCUAGAUUACCAGUAACCCCUACUCAGAUGAGAGAUGCUAAACCAGGGGAACAGUACAUGUCAUUAGGUGGUAGUCCUAUAAGAAACCCAGUAUCCAUGAUGCAGAAAGUUUUAAGAGACCAGCCCGAACUUUUGCAACAGUUUAAAUCUCCAGAUAGAAUAACGGAUGUUUUGAGUGCAUUAUCAGACAUUAUAGGGAAAGCUAAAGAGAACGGGGAAUAAGGGUUGAAAAUUAUUGUAGUUUUUCUUAAAUGAUUCUGUGUAUGUACAGUACUUAUUUUAAUUUGACAGAUUUUUUUUUAUACAAUGUGCAAUUUUAAUUUCACAUAUGUAAAGUUUUUAGUAUCUGUAGAUGUAAUAUUUAAAUUUUAUUGCAUCUUAUUCAGUUAUGAUAUCAACUGUAUGCACAAUAUCAUAUUAGAUUAUUAAAUGAUGGAUCAGAGCUUUUCUGUUUCAACAGGACAAAUUUUCAAAAAGGGAUUUGCUUCUUAAACUUUAUAAUAAAAGAUCUGCUUGAAGUGGUUGAUUAUUUUUUUCUGCUUGAAGUUGUUGAUUACAUUUUUCAAGGAGGGAUUUGUUUCUUAACUUAAUAAUAAAAAGUCUGCUGGAAGUUGUUGAUUACUUCUGUGAAAAGGUCUGAUUUCUAUGUAACGAAAAAACAAAAUGAAAUGGAAAAGCUCUCAUCCAACUAACGGCUUUUAUCAUGCUUUCGUGCUUUUAUGUCUUCUGUAUUCUUUAUUCUAUACAGUCUCUGUGAGAUUGUUCAUCUUUUUUUAUCUGUCAUUCAUUUCAUUGUAUAUUAUUAUGUAAUACAUUGUCUUAUUGUAAACAAAUAUAUUAACAGGGAACAUUUUUCAUAGACUU